CCGGCCUCUCAGCCCAGCUUCGGCUCUUCAGGGCCGCUGCAGACCGAGUUGCAGCAUGAAUCUGCGGCUCUGCGUGCAGGCGCUGCUGCUGCUCUGGCUCUCCUUGACUGCUGUGUGUGGAGUGCCCCUGAUGCUGCCUCCAGAUGGGAAAGGGCUAGAAGAAGGCAACGUGCGCUACCUGGUGCAGCCCAGAGCUUCGAGGACUGGACCAGGGCCUUGGCAGGGAGGAAGGAGGAAAUUCCGCAGACAGCGGCCCCGUCUCUCCCAUAAGGGCCCCAUGCCUUUCUGA